CAAGACAGUCUCGCAGCCCAUCACUCCUCUGUCCUCCAUCUGCUCCUUUCUGCUUGCUACAGACUGGCUUUGGGACUGCUUCACCUGGGGCCUUCUUUUGGGGGGAGAGGCUCGCUUACAGCUUAAUUCACUGCAUUUACAUUGAAUUUCGUGGGGCUCUUCUGCUGGGACCCGUCCUAUACAACCCCAUAUCCCAAUACCUCAUAUACUGCCACAACCUGGAUCAAUCAAGCAGCCAGCAUCAACACUCGCUGCCCGUCAUGGAUCCCUUCAUCAACAUGUCGGCGCAGCUCCCGGGCGGGAUUGUACCCAACCCUCAGUUCGCCCUCCUCAACUACUUCUUCCCUGGCUUCUCCAUGUUCUCCUCAGCCUUACACACCUACCUCGGCAUUGACCUCAACUUCUACAUCCCUCUGAUAGUCGCCAUUUUCGGCUUGAACUUCGUAUGGGGCUAUAUCAGCACCUCUGCGUGGGCGUGGAUCGACGAGUAUCUCAUGUCGUCCUUCAGGGUGCGCACUGAUGACGAGAUCUACAACAUGCUCAUGCUUUGGAUCUCGCGCCAGAAGUUUUCGCAAAACUCACGCCGCUUCCUGGUCAACACCGACCUCUACUCUCGCAGCAGCUACGUCUGGGGAGGAAACUCGGAUGAUGACAGCGACGACGAGGGUGAAGAAGACAUGACUGUCGAUUUCAUCGGACCAAAGCAGAAUCUUCAUUAUACCCCAUCCUUUGGCUCUCAUCUGUUCUGGUACAAGAGCCGCCCUCUGUUUUUUGAGCGCCACCAGAACCAGCAGCAGAUCAACUUCCAAAGCGCCAGCGAGCGAGAGGAGCUCUCCAUCUCAUGCUUUGGUCGAAACCCUCGCCUCUUAAAGGAGCUCCUCGCCGAGGCUCGCCAGAUGUACCUCAAAAAGGACGAACGCAAGACUCUCAUCUACAGAAGCUCCAGCGGCUCUGCUUAUGGCGGAGAGCCAUACUGGCAGCGCAGCUUGUCUCGUCCCAAUCGUCCCUUCUCUACCGUUAUCCUGAAUGAGAAGCUGAAGCAGGACCUGAUUGCCGAUACCGCCGACUACCUCAACCCUGCUACUCGUCGAUGGUAUGCUAACCGUGGUAUUCCUUAUCGACGUGGUUACCUCCUCCAUGGGCCCCCAGGCACCGGGAAGAGUUCGCUCAGCUUGGCCCUGGCAGGAUACUUCCGCAUGAAGAUUUACAUUGUCAGCCUCAGCUCCAUCAAUGCCACCGAGGAGGGCCUCACUUCUCUCUUCGGCAGCCUCCCCACUCGUUGUCUUGUCCUUCUCGAAGAUAUCGACACUGCUGGCUUGACUCAUACGCGAGAAGAGCCAGAGGCUGCGCCUACCCCCGUUCCCGGCACGAACCCUUCGGCACCACCCCAACCUCCUUCUACUAAUUCAAACUCGGGAUCGACUGGUCGCCUUUCACUCUCUGGUCUCCUCAAUAUCCUUGAUGGAGUUGCCUCGCAAGAGGGACGUCUGCUUAUCAUGACAACCAACCACAUCGAGAAGCUGGACAAGGCACUGAUCCGACCCGGCCGUGUGGAUAUGAUUGUUCCCUUCUCUCUUGCCGACAAGACCAUGUCCGAGUCCAUCUUCCGCGCCAUCUAUGCCCCCUUUGAGAGCGAGUUCUCUUCAAACGAGCUUGCUAUCAAGUCCAAGGACGGUACUAGUACUCCUAAGCGUGCUGAGCCCACUGAGGAGGCAAAGGAGAGAUGGGCUCGACAGCACGCUGAGAUCUCUGAGCGCAUUGAUGGCCUAUCUACGCAGUUUUCAGCCAAGAUUCCCGAGCACGAGUUCAGCCCCGCCGAGAUUCAGGGACUGCUUCUUAGGCACAAGCGUUCUCCUGAGGAAGCCAUUGACGCUGCUGAGGCUUGGGUGAUUCAGACUCGCAAGGAUAAGAAGGAAAAGGAGAUUCAGGAGGCUGAGAAGCGACGCAAGGAGCGAGAGGAAGAGGAGAAGAAUAAGCUCAAGGCUGAAGAGGAGAAGAAGAAGAGCGAAGAGGACGACAAGGCAAAGACCGAGACAUCGGAUAACAAGGAGAGCACUGAAACGAAGAGUGCCGAUGAUACUCCCAAACAGUCUCCGUCCGCUGGAGAAGAGGCUGCAAAGGAGACUGCAAAGGAUGGUGAAGUGAAGCCCGAGGCUGUAGAGACACCAGAGGCAGCAGGAACUGUUAAAGAGGAUAAGAAGAACACGGCCUCUGACUCUGAGUAUGAACGUGUAUGAUUGCUACUUGACAAAUGUCACACAACAGAUCGCAUAGCGUGGCGUUUUUUGGAACUUUUAGUAUUUUGUAUUUUUUGGCUCUUGCGAAUAGCACUGUAUCGAUAUCAAUAGAUUACAUGAAAUAAGAAAAAAAGAUGAAAAAUCACCAAUUCAACCUCCG